AUGAAGACGCUACCGAACAAGGAGCCAACUAGAGACCUCCUAGUGAGGAUCUCCUGGAACCUCCUCUCUAGAGACCUCCUAGUGAGGAUCUCCUGGAAUCUCCUCUCUAGAGACCUCCUAGUGAGGAUCUCCUGGAAUCUCCUCUCUAGAGACCUUCUACUAAGGAUCUCCUGGAAUCUCCUCUCUAGAGACCUCCUAGUGAGGAUCUCCUGGAAUCUCCUCUCUAGAGACCUUCUACUAAGGAUCUCCUGGAAUCUCCUCUCUAGAGACCUUCUACUAAGGAUCUCCUGGAAUCUCCUCUCUAGAGACCUUCUACUAAAGAUCUCCUGGAAUCUCCUCUCUAGAGACCUCCUAGUGAGGAUCUCCUGGAAUCUCCUCUCUAGAGACCUUCUAGUGAGGAUCUUCUGGAAUCUCCUCUCUAGAGACCUUCUACUAAAGAUCUCCUGGAAUCUCCUCUCUAGAGACCUUCUACUAAAGAUCUCCUGGAAUCUCCUCUCUAGAGACCUUCUAGUGAGGAUCUCCUGGAAUCUCCUCUCUAGAGACCUUCUAGUGAGGAUCUCCUGGAACCUCCUCUCUAGAGACCUCCUAGUGAGGAUCUCCUGGAAUCUCCUCUCUAGAGACCUUCUAGUGAGGAUCUCCUGGAACCUCCUCGCUAGAGACCUUCUAGUGAGGAUCUCCUGGAAUCUCCCCUCUAGAGACCUCCUAGUGAGGAUCUCCUGGAAUCUCCUCUCUAGAGACCUCCUAGUGAGGAUCUCCUCUCUACAAUGCUGCUCAAUUCUGACAAGUUACACAGAAAGUCUUAGCCGGAUCAGAACCUACAUCGCUGAGGCGAUAACUUGUGAACAUUUAUUUUUAUUUAAGAAAAGUUAAAGUUUGGAAGUUCUGACCGGAAUGAGUGGAGAUCAAAAAGUUUAUAUUUAUAAAUUGUUACAAUGGUGAGUUUAGUGACGGUGGAAGAUGCCUUGGUGUGCAAAGUGCUGUGUACACUACCGAGAGAUUGGUGCCGACCCAUCAGAGGGGGAGGGGGGCUCUGUGCUGAUCUGAUACUGAGACCGGCUCCUGGUGUGCAAUAAUUGCAGCGCAGGAAGCCCGCCGCCCGCCAAGGUUCUGCCUCCAAUUUCUGCUUUCUGAACAAAACCAAAAAAGUGUAUUUUUAAAAUAAAAUUUUUACUAUUAAAAAGGCAUCUGUGAAAUAAAA